CUUGUCUCAGAACGGCCGCCUCCUUGCGAGUGCAUCUGAUGAUCAGACAGUGCGUCUGUGGAAUCUUACCAAGAGUAUCCCAGUCGGUGCACCUCUCCGGCAUGAAGGCAAUGUGAGAUGUGCAGCCUUUUCCGUUGAUGGAAAGCUACUAGUCACCGGUUGCGACAACAAUAUGUACGUGUGGGACAUCUGUGGCAUCCUUAAACAAGCAGGUUUUGAAAACCUACUGUCCCUUCCUAAUAUCGUAGCUGGAAGCCCGUUAAGGAAUAGUAAUGCAGCACGGCGCCCAGCCCAGCUCAAGAAUGCCCAUCGAGGACUGCCAGGCUUUUUCGAUGACGCACCCCAUUCGUCCGCGACCCGCGACAUCCAUCAUCGUUCCUCUGCGCGCCGCCGCCGCUCUCUCUCAACCUCUUCUGGGAGUCGAACUACGCUCUUCAGCCGCAUUCCAGCGCUCUUUCGACAUUCUCGCCCCAAAACUGGCGAAGCAAUCGAAUUCCAACAACACCCAAGGCAAAGCAUCUUCUCUCGUCGCAGUCAUCUUACUGUUGAAGUUCCUGCAGUACAGGACAGAAAGGUACGACUUCCUCCACAUACGUCUGAAACCACCAUGGUUCAAUAUAUUCUCUACAGCCGUUGGCUGUCGCUCUGCGGCCAGGAAAACGAACACAGCAGCAGCAUAGGCAAUCGCGAGCCCAGGCGUUGUCAUCGUUAACUCAGCCUGCCGCUCCCUUGACGUCCACAACACCCGCUCCAGGUACUAACAUCACCACACCAGAUGCAGCAACUGCACAGUGCCGACCUAUCCCAUUGUGGGCUCGUCUUGUGCUGUUCCUCUGUUGCGCAUCUCCUGCACACGCCAAUGGCCAUUGAUACUGCACUUGUGGACAACUAAGUCAUAUUUGAUUCGAGUUUUUUU